GCCGCGGCCCAGCGCCGCGGCGCCACCCACCGACCCCCGCGCUCCCCCCCGGGAGCCCCUCGCCGCCGGCCCGCGACGGGACGGGACGGGGUGGGGUGGGGCGGGGCGGGGGACGAGGUGUGCCCCCUCUGGAACCCGGCGUCUGUUGGAGAAACGGGCCGUGGUGACAGGCCCGGCGCGUUAUUGGCCCCCGGGGAUACGGGGUGUUCCCCAGAGCAGCGGGAGGUGGACCGUCCCUCACUGUAGUGCCACAUCGGGUCUUGCCCGCCCCUCCAAGACCGCUCGGGGCGGGCCGGCGACCCUUCGGUUCCGAAGUUCGUAGAGCGUCCAAGUGGGCAAGGAGAGCAGUUCAUGGUGAAGUCCAUGACUUUCCAGAACUAAUCCCGCGCUCGCUUGAGGAGCUGUAAUGCGAAUGUCCUGCACUUCACUGCCCAACGAGGUUAGACGAACGUGCGGCCAGUGGACCGGGAAAAGAGACGGGCCAGAAGCGAGGCGCUUCGUGAGCCGGUCGCAGCGAACACAGGCUAGAAGACCGCUAGCAGAGGUGUCCAGGUACAUGUGAAGAUUUCUUGGCAGCUUAGUGUGGAAACCAUUGAUCACUUUGCUCUCAUUUCUGCCUGUUCUGUGUCCACAAGAGAGCGAGCCCAAAUGAGCAAGAUAGCCCAGCAGAACAGCUCUCCGGGGAUAAGUGUUAUUCACACUCAGGCUCAUGCCAGCGGCUUACAGCAGGUUCCUCAGCUGGUGCCUGCUGGCCCGGGGGGAGGAGGCAAAGCCGUGCCUCCAAGCAAGCAAAGCAAAAAGAGUUCGCCCAUGGAUCGCAACAGCGAUGAGUAUCGUCAGCGCAGAGAGAGGAACAACAUGGCUGUGAAAAAGAGCCGGUUGAAAAGCAAGCAGAAAGCACAGGAUACACUGCAGAGAGUGAAUCAGCUCAAAGAAGAGAAUGAACGGUUGGAAGCAAAAAUUAAAUUGCUGACUAAGGAAUUAAGCGUACUGAAAGAUUUGUUUCUUGAGCACGCACACAACCUUGCAGAUAACGUGCAACCCACUAGCACUGAAAAUACAACAGCUUCCGAUAAUGCAGGCCAGUAGACCUCACCUCUUCGAAACUUCACGACUCGUGGCUUGAACGUUAAAGGUGUGACUGCCUACACCAUUCAUAUCAAUGGCCGAACACUGUCUCGUUCCAUUAUUCAAAGAUCCACUGAAGGUUGUUUCCAGGAUCAGCACUGAAGGGUUGAUUAGCUUAAAAAUGUUAGCCAUGUAAUUUGAAUUAUCUAGUUUUAAAUGAUAGGGAUUUUUUUGUGUGGAGAACACACAUUUUUAAGGUAUAUGGUAAAAAAACAAACAAAAAACGCACCCCUGGACCUUGAUGUUCUUAAUAAAUGCUCACUUCCCAAGAAAUGCUUCUUUUGUAGGUUGAUAAAAGGAAGGGGGAACUGGCAGGUCCUGCAGAAGGGUCUUGGUUUUAUUGGAGAUGAUUAAUUAGACUAAGGAAAGUUGAAUGCCAUCUAUGUUGAUUGUUUUGUGAUUUGUUUUUCUAAAUUAUGUAUUAAAAAUCCUUAGGGCUAUAGAAAUCAAUCACUUUGUAAUUUGGAGUGAUUUUAUGUAUAACAUAAACCUUGUUUUAGCCUAAUUAGUACUCUUUUCCCCCAACAAGUGUAAGUUUUUGAGUAUUGGUGCCAGGUUAAGUAAAUUCCGUUGCGUUUUAAAGGCAGCAUUCAGCCAGUUGGCUUAAAAAUACAAAUAAUUAGGCAAAUAGGUUUCUUAAAAAUAACAGUAAAGCAUAUUAGAAUUAUCCUUUUGGGAUACCUUUGGGUUAUUGGAUUGGCAUUAUUUUAUUUUCUAACAAGAAAAAACCCCCAAGAGUUGUAUAUCGUAAUUUUUAUUUCGUAGAUGGUGGUCAAAUAAGUAAAUAUUUUUAAAAUACCAUUUUGAGAGUCAAGUUAGUAAACAAAUGCCUUAACAGUUUACAGAUUGAGAUUUAGGUAGUUUCUCCUGUGUCUAAAUAUCUGAAAUGGGGCCAUGAUUUUUAAAGGCAUAAAUUUCUUGUGAAGGAUCAUUUGGCAUUUGAUCCUAACCAAGUGAUUAUUAGAAAAAUAUGUCAUCAACUCUAUGCCGUCUCCCAAAAUAGUAGUCUAAGAAAACUUGAAAGUGUAAGGUUUAACCUUUAAUUUAUUUCACUUAAAUACAUCUUUUUAUAUUGUUUUUGUGAUGUUUCUUUUUCUAGUUAGUGGGCUCUUGUAGACUUUUUGUACCACUGCUUCUGUUUGUUCAUUUGUAUGCUUUUGUGUCCCAUAAAUUAUUUUAGAAAGAAAAUGCUGGUAAAACUCAGGAUAUUGACAUUUUUGUUGAGACUAAAAAAUGGCCGUCGCUGAAGUUGGGGAUGCGCAGGUCUGGUUUAUGUCAGUGUCGGUGGUUUUGAUUGUCUUUGUUGAUUUCUUUCUUUUCUUUUCUUUUCUUUUUCUUUCUUUUUUUUUUUUUUAAAGCACAAUCCUAGCUCAGAUUUGUUGACUUUUGUGUAUUACUGUGUGUAUGUGUCUGGGCUGGUGACAAGAGACAAGAGUCACAUCUGAUUAAAAAGUUUGUGUUACCAGGUAUCUUAUUUGGACAUGGUCACUUCAUUUUUGGCCAUAUUGUUUCUUACUAGGACCUAGAAGUUGUCCCCUUGGGUUGGUGCAAGACUGCUGUCUUUGCUCUUCUGGGCCAGUGGAAAUACCAUUGUGACCUGCAACUCAGUAAAGCCAUUAUUAAGGCCGUGAGCCUCUUCCACAUGUGACUGGAACCCAGUGUUGUUCUUGAGAGCCACUGUCCCGGGAGGGUUAGCUCCCCGGAGGGCCAGAAGACAGGAUUGAGGUUUCUGUUAGGGUCCAACACCAAUUUACUCUGGCUGGAGUAUCAGUCUGCUUCUCAGUCGAUAGAUGUUUUGACUAGGAGGUAACCCACAGAAUCCUACUGAAUCUUUAAUAGCCGACUGAUAUUAUAUAAUUAACCUAAGUAGAGGUGCAGUUAGGCCACUUGAAUCUUUAAGUACCUGUAAAGGUAUUAACAGACAUUGUUACCUCUUGUUUAUUUAAAAAAAAAAAAAAAAAGUCUUUCAGAAAUUGAUGUCCUUGUGGAAUUUAUGGUUACCAAUUAUACGAAUUGACUUACCCAUCUUGGAAAAGGAGCAUUAGGGAAAUCAUCAGUGGUGUGCACUCGAAAUUUCAAAUCCGAACAGAUUGAAACUUUAGGAAAAACUGAUUCAGGCUUUCCUGUUACCUAUGCAAACCAGAACUUUAGCACAAGCCAUCAUGUAUGCAUAGAACAAAAAUGUUAACCAUUGUCUUACUGAAGUGUUUGGGAAUGAAAGUUUGCAGUUUGAUAGAUUUCUCAGUAUCAAAUUGAGGGAAACCAAGUAUGGGGAAUGGGUAGAUUUAGAGCUUUGGGAAUUAGAAGUUGACUUUUGUAACUUCUGUAGGUUACAUGUGAACCUUUAGGAUUUGAUCUGCCUUUGCUGGCAGGUCCCUUGAUUUAGGAAUUAGGCUUUAGUGUAAAUGUCUAACUGCAUCUGCGUCAUCCGAGAUGGGUGCUUUCUGGGUGGUAUUGGCAGCAGGAGGUGAGAUCAGAGCAACUCUUCCACUGUCUGGCCCCUUGCAGUGACUGGAAUGUGAGCUAGGAUACUUUGGACAUUCUUACCAAGACGUAGUAAGAUAGCAAUUUUUUAUGACCAGGUGUUUGAAAUUUAGGUCACGAGUGUGAAAUCCUGAAAUUUACAUAAAAAAGUAGUAUGUGCAGUUUAAUAUUUGGUAUUAAAUCAGCUUUUGAUGUUUCUCAGUCCCCAUUAGAGGGCUUGAAACUUUGUACCCGAACAGCCCAGUUAGCACUCAGAGUGCUUUUCGAUGCCUUAGAAUAGGAAGCAAUUUUCUGUUUGACAGAAGGUAGGGAGGAGAAAGUCCAUUCUAUAGCUGUUAGAGUUGCCUCUCAGGUAAAAGUCCUUUACCUUGUUCUUUGUGUUCCUGGCCUUCCUCAGUUUGUGAGAUUACUCUAUUUUUUUAAAUAUAAUUUUAUUUCUUUUAAUGAAUUUGAAAUAAAAAAACUUUGGAAUAAUGACUGUA